AUGAAACUGCCUUCUCAAUCCGUAAAAACAAAAGGUGCUCCAAAGAAACGAAGUCUACACCAAAUAAAAUAUCUGAAUACACAGUCUCCUUCAUAUUUUGAACAUGUUGACAAUGUUUUUCCCGACUCAUCGACUCCAAAAUCUCAAAAAAGUGUUGUCAAAGGCGUUCGCAUUAGCAAACCACCUCCGAUGCCUAUUCUACCGAAGAUUCCAUUCAUUGACGAGAUGCCGGUUUUUAUGCACAAAUAUAUCGAGCGGGUCGUCAAUGUUGUGGGGGAAGGUAAUUGCAGUUACCGAGCCGUUUCGGCUUUACUCGAUAAAGGAGAAGAUAAUCACACACAUGUCCGACAUCAGCUUAUCCAAGAGUUGAAGACACAUAAAGAAUCAUACAUAUAG